UAUAUUGCUGUAAAAUAGUCUUCUUAUCCAGAAAAACAAACUCAAAACUGGAGAGAUGGCUCUCCUUAUCUUCACUACCACAACUCCCUCUGUUCUUCUCUCGUCUCACCCUUCCUCUACUUCACAAGCUUCUGCAUUCCCUGCUUCGCUAUCCUCCAGGUUCUGCAACAAUCACAUUACCCUGACACCUAAGUCUUAUGCCAAUGGUAAUAUUCAAGCACCUUUUAUCUUCAAAAGGAGAGGUGCAUUGAUUGCUACAGCCGCUGCAGACAUUGAUAGUGUCGGUUCUGAUAAUCCCGAGCCUUCACCAGAAAAAAAUGAGGAAAGUGUGCCUGUUGAGAAUCUCCCUCUGGAGUCUAAGCUUCAAGAGAAGCUUGAACAGAAGAUGAAGAUGAAGUUGGCAAAAAAAAUUAGACUACGCAGGAAGAGACUCGUUAGGAAGCGCCACCUAAGGAAGAAAGGGCGAUGGCCACCUUCAAAGAUGAAGAAGAACAAGAAUGUCUAGUAGGCUUAACCUGAAAUGCCUUGCAAGUGUAUCUGUUUUUUCUCGUAGGCUUUAUAAUAUCAAAAUACUGUAAUCUUUGAGAUCAUUUUCUUCAACCUGUACCUGAUACCUUAAGAGAUAAAUUAAAUUUUCCCCCGAUUUGUUUCUUGUUUUUUGA